UAUUGGUCACUUAUCCACUUGUCUGAAUAUUUUCCACUUCGACAUUCGGGCAGCGCGAUUUAAUCCCGAGUUGUUUCAACCGCGACACCGAGAGGCAAGCGACGCUUUUCCGACGGUCGAAUAACGUCGCUGUGUAGGUAACUGGAUGAACUUUGAAAAAGCGUAAACAUUUAACAUUCCCAGGCAUCUUCCAUGUUCGGCGCUACGCAGGCAUGUAAACAAAACAAAAUGGCGAACACUAACCGCCGCGCUGCUUUUGUUUUUUCCUCUGCUGUGACGACUCGCGUUGUUCGACGCUGAAAACACAGUGACUGCCUCGUCGACGAGCCUUCCACUGCUUUACUCGUAUUUCAUGGCGUGAGUAGAUCCACCUCGUCUAUCUUCACCCUCCGAUUGAUGGAAUAAAAUCUUACGACUACGCCGUUGAUAUUAUUUUAUUAAACCAUGGCGACUCCGGAAGCGACGCAGGUCAGCUCGCUGCCCAUGCCGCCUACUCAGUACAUCAACUUGUACACCGAUGAGAACGUGCGUAGAGGAAGAGCUCCCCGUCCUCCCCCGGCUAAUCAUGAGAACUAUUCCAUGUUCGGGAACAUGUUCAACGCCGACGACACCAUCAUAAGGCCGCUCGAAGCGCAGGGGAUCAAGAGGCUUUAUCCCCAGCAUUUUGACCGGCGUCGUGAGCUCAAGAAACUCAAUCACUCUCUUCUGGUCAAUUUUUUAGACCUUAUAGAUCUGCUGGUACAGUGUCCCGACAGUCCAAGGAGAGCGGAGAAGGUCGAGGACUUGAGCCUGUUGUUCAUCCAUAUUCACCACUUGCUUAAUGAGUUUAGGCCGCAUCAGGCUAGAGAAACUCUUCGUGUUAUGAUGGAGCUCCAGCGUAGACAGCGGACAGAAACCACCCUGCGAUUUCAAAAACAUUUAGACAAAGUGCAGGAAAUAUUGCAGCAUGCAUUGCAGAUGCUGCCUGACACUUCGGAGCUAGAUUCAAGCCUUGCUGUCAGUACAGAUACGAUGGAAGUUAUGGAUACUUUGGGACUAGAGCAACAAGCUACAGAUCCGUGUUGUCCAAGCGACAGAGUAAUGUGCAAUGUUAUCGACGAAAUGACCACAUCGAAUAAUCUUUACUGAUUCUGGAUCAGCAAAAAUUCAUCCCAACAAUAAAAUAACAACUGUUUUAUUCAUUGAAAACAGUGUCAGAAACACUGUUUAACAGCAAUUAAAAAGAGUUUUCAGUACCUCUAAUUCUUGAAUUUUUAGUUUUCGUCACGUAAAAUUACGAAAGUAAAAAUAAACAUGCUGGCUUGAAUUGCAUCUUGCUACCUCGGUUGAAUGAAAUAAUUUUUAUACUUCAACGCUGUUAAAAAACUGGUUUAUAGUGAGCUUAGAUAUAAGGAACAAUUAUUAGUGAAUUUGUCUAGACGCGUGUGAGUUUCUACAAUGAUUAUUACUGCAUAUCGUUUUAUACAUAAUAUAAUUAAUAUUUUAAAUAUUAUUUAUUACUGUGCUGGACAGCGAUUAAAAUUAAAAUACUCUGAAUACGGGCGCAUGGCUCUGCGAUUUACUGUACUUAUCAUUUGUAUAUUUGACUGACUUGGAAAUAGUCCAGUAAUCAUUACCAAGAAAUGAAGGAUUAAAAUGGAACUACGUAUUCUCCAAAGAAGUGAAUAAAAAUGAAUUUCAGUACGAA